AUGUCUUGUCUGAUGAUAUUUGGGAAGAAGUACAUGGACGAGGAUCUUGGCGAUAAGGGUUUUAAAGCUCUAAUUCAAGAUAUACUGCACAUAGCAGCAUUGCCAAAUUUUGCUGAAUUCUUUCCCUUUCUUCGUGUUCUUGAUCUCCAGGGAUUUGCUCGUCGUAUGAAGGAAUUAGCUAAGCUUUUUGAUGAGUUCCUGGAGAGAGUUAUUGAUGAACAUGUUCAAUCCACUGAGCAGAAGCAAGCAAAAGACAUGGUUGAUACAUUGAUGAGUAUUAUGCAAUCUAAUGAAGCUGAAUUCGAGUUUGAUCGCCGCCAUAUAAAAGCUAUUUUGCUGGACUUGCUGAUAGCUUCAAUGGAUACUUCAUCAACAACAAUUGAAUGGAUUCUAACGGAACUUUUAAGGCACCCUGAAGUGAUGAAGAAACUCCAGAAUGAGUUGGAACAAGUAGUUGGUAAAAACAGGAUGGUGGAAGAAUCAGAUUUAGAAAGUCUGGAGUAUUUGGAUAUGGUCAUAAAAGAAAGUUGUAGGCUCCAUCCCGUUGCUCCAUUAUUACUUCCUCAUGAAUCUAUUGAAGAUUGCACAGUUGAAGGUUUUCAUUUACCUAAAGGAUCCCGACUUUUGCUUAAUGUUUGGGCAAUAGGGAGAGAUUCAGACACUUGGAUUGAGCCUGAAAAGUUCAAACCUGAGAGGUUUCAAGGAAGCAAUAUUGAUCUCCGAGGACGAAAUUAUGAACUUUUACCAUUUGGCUCGGGCAGAAGAGGCUGCCCUGGUUUGCAGUUAGGGCUCACCAUUGUUCGUUUGGUGGUCGCACAAUUGGUUCACUGCUUUGAUUGGGAGCUACCAAAUGGCAUGUUGCCAAAAGAUAUUGACAUGACUGAAAAAUUUGGAUUAGUAACAGCUAGAGCUCAGCAUCUAACGGCGAUUCCUACUUAUCGACUGCAUAUGAAGUAAAAUGCAAAUGUCAAUAUAAGUCAAGGAGAUGCACUGCCUUUUAUUUGAAUAAGAUGAGGGUUAGACCAAAAAAGGAGGGCAUUUAUUUUAUUUCCUAUAGUAUGUUGAACGUAAUUCGAACAAGUACCUUUCUUAUAUUUCUUGUAAGUUUGCCUUAAGAAACACCAGAACAUAAAUAACGUAUCUAAGUUCAAUUCAUCGCGAA